GCUUAGCGAAGCCUGCUGCAUCCAGUCUCUCGAUAACCCUCAUUGUUCUUCUGCUCGCACAAGCCGUACGUUUUUCUUUUGCGUCUACCGCCUCUUUUAUUGCCCCUUUUCCCCACCCUUGUUUCAAGGCUUCUUUUGCAGCAGAGAACAAAUUAGGAGGCAUUCUUCACUGCGUUAUCACGCGGCGCAACUCCACACUUCGUGCAAUACACCUAUAUGCAGAGAGAUACACUGCCCUUUUUAAACAGUUUUGCUGUCUUCAGCGUAAAUCGUUGAUCAAAGAAGCUGAAACGGAAAGCAGAAGCAGCAACGUUUACUUGCCGGUUUGUCGCGGUGGUGGCUGUUCGUAGUGUGUGUGUUUAUUUGCUCUUUUCACAUCUGUCAUAUCUUAUAUCAUUUCUAUCUCCCUCUGCCUUCCCAUCAGACUCACGCACCAUGGUCCUCUCUACCUCCUCCACGCUGGGUGUCAAGACGGCGCCCGCUGAAGCCCUCGAAAGCGCGGUGGAGGCGUGCCGUGCUGUUCUGCACGAGGUACGCCGCCGCGUCGACGCAACGGUCACAAACACCAUCACGCGGAAUGAACUUCGACAAGGCUUGCGACUGGCCGAAGUAGCCCUCACCAACGCCAGCAAAGCUGCAGCCCACCGCACCGCCAGUGCGUCCUCUGUUGCCCCUCCCUCGCUCUCGAGUAUGGAGGAACACGCCGCGACGAAGGGCCGCAGCAGCGGCGGUGGCGGCCGGAGAUCCAGCACGGACCACUCACACGGACACCACAGUUCACUGUCCAACCAAGUCAUUUCCUCCGGCUGCACGCCCACCUCGAAUGCGCCUCCGCUGCCCACCAGAGACGAACAGGUGACGCGUCCAACGGUGUUCCUACCGAGUCAGCGGGACGGCCCACGACACGCGAGCCCUCUCGGUGAUGGCGAGGAAGCGUCGACGGAGAAGCACGCCUCCGACAACUCCCUCAACGAUUCCUCGGAGCGCUCCAAAGGGGCACCCGAGUUGCCAACGAAGAACACGGCAGAGACGUGUCUCCCCCUGUGCUCCCCGCCGCAGACGGCGGCGCUCUACGGCUUCGUGCUCAGUGCGGUGUUCUGGAAGCGUCGCAAGCUGACCGAGUACGCCCUUACCGCCAUCGAGGCUCUGCUGCGGGCCGUCGCGGUCCCGCAAGACCUCAACGUCACCUUAAUGGUAGACCCGACAGCGCUGAGCGGCGGCGACGGCGGCGGCGGUCACGGAACUGCAGGCGAUCGCAAAGGCCGUCGGGGCAAUACCGGUGCCGGUGCGGGUCACCGACGGACAGGUCGCAUCUCCGUGGCGGUCGGAACCGCAGUGUACUACUCCUUAGGGGAGUGCCUGACGCAGAGCUUUGCCGAGCCGGCCGUGCAGACCCGCGCGCUGCGUGUGCUGAAUGCACUGAUUGAGGAGAGUGCCGUCGGCGCCGCAGCCAUCGGCACGUCGGCGACCACGGCCUCCAACGGCGAAGCCAGCAAUGUGCUGUUUCGCUCCGAUAAUGCCCUGGAGGACUUUUUCCGCAAUCAGGCGGCCACUCGAACGAUUGAGGCGUGCUAUGCUGUCGCGGUGGAGGGCAUUCAGGAGGUGGUGCGGCAGCGGGCGCGGCUGGUGCUUCGCACGGCGGUGCGCCACGUUGUUCGCGCCUUUGUGACGAUGCAGAUGUAUGGCGGCGCAGUGGUGGUCGACGCGGACGGCAACAGCGCCGAGCCGCACACCACCUUCGCCACGGACACGAUUCUCGCCGACUACACGGUGGACGUCGACCACGGCGAGCCUUUUACGCCGAUUCACAUUGUACCAUCGGGCAAGGCAGCAACAGUGGCUGCGUCGUCGAGCUCGCCGCGCAUCGGUGGGCGGAAUAACACCAUCACCAGCGAUUCGUCUCACACACGUGCGCAAGCAUCCGUAGAUGGCGGUGGAAGUGCCGAGCAUGAGGCGCCAAACCAUAACAGCAACGGCAGCCCCAUUGCCAGGGAUGCACUCACGGCAGCACCGACGCCAGCGGGUCACGCCUCCUCUCUGACUCGUGACAGUAGGGUCGAUGCGGACGACAGCAGAGGUGCAAACAACGACUCCUCGCCGAAACGGACCAACUCGCCAGCCCCGCCGAAGGUGUCUCCAGCCGGUGUGUCUUUUGAGGCUCAAGCACUCCACCUGAGCAGCGACAGCUUCGUCCGCGGUGGGCACAGCAGCGGACGCAGCGGCGGCUCCGCGCAGCUCGCCGGCUUGUCCUUCAACCCUCACUUGCUCUUCACCAGCAGCAUCGACGACUCCCUCGUGACGGACGCGCUGUCGACGCUCAACGACACGGACGGGGCUCUGCCAAGUUCACUGAAGGACCUGUUGAUGCUGUUGCGCCGCAUGUGCCGCUACGCCACUCGCCCGUGCAGUGGAGCGCUCAGCGACAGCAACGUCGACAUCCGCGCGCGUGAUCUGAGUCUCUGGGUGCUGGAGAUCACGCUGGAGGGGUUUCCCGUUGCCAACUGCGAGCAGGAGCACCGGUGCGCAGUGUGGAUGUCCUUGGUGAUGCACGCGUGCAAAUACGAACUAUUGGGGUGUCUGUCGCGAAACUUGGCCAUGCCGGCCCCGUUCUCCUUCUUCGCGCGUGCGCUGCACCUGCUCGAGAUGCUGCUGCGCAAGUUACACUACCACCUGGCGCGUGAGCUGCACACCUUGCUCGGUGCCUUUCUUCUCCCGUUGAUGGCGUCUCGGUACGCGGGGUUCCGCCAGAAGCACGCCGUGCUCUCGAUGAUUCGACAACUCUUCUCGGUGCCGCACCUCUGCGUGUCGUUCUUUGUGAACUAUGACUGCAAUCCCGCCUUCGACGCCGGCGCGGAGUACGGCGGCUUGCUGGAGCUCCUCGUGGAGCAUGUGGUGGAGACGACCUUUUUGGACCACGUGAACGACGACGGCGACGCCUACCCGUGGCUCACCUCCGACCAGCAGCAGCUCCUGCGCAGCGAGUGUGUGGUGGUGAUCCACACCUUCAUGAGCUCGCUGCAGCGGUGGAUUGCGGAAGACCCGCAGGAGUACGCGGUGGCACUCCGCCGCACCGUCCAAAGGACGAUCCAGCGUCAGGCUCAGAAGCAGCAGAGCACCGGCGAUGGUGCGGAGGAGUGCACUGCCGCGGCGGACGAAGUCGCCGAGCUUUACCUGGACAACUGGGCUGCGGAUGAGGUGACCUAUCCAGAGCAAACCGCGGGUGUCCGCAGCGGGAAUGGAGACGCGGGAGACGACGCCCCCAGCUCCGGCUCCGGGGCGCUGCACACCCGCAACUUGACAAUUGUGUCGGACGCCGCCUCCGGCCAGGCCGUCCCGCACUGGGGCAAGAACCGCAACAUCGAGUACCACUGGAAGCACAUCCACUACCUGCUACACAACAAGCGCAUUGCCCAGGAAGCAGUGCAGCGCAUCAACGCGGGCAACUGGCAGGACGCAAAGGCGUUCCUGGAGAGCCGUGGCUCCAUGGCAGCAAUUUCCGCCUCCGAGGCGGAGAUCAGCGACCCGACCACCGUCGGUCCUGGCGAAUCGAGCUACUUUCUGUUUGCCCACUUCUUAUUCGACUACCCCGGCAUCUCGCGCGACUCGCUGAGUAAGAUCUUCGAGAGCGUAAACAAGAAAGGCGGGGCGUCGCGGCUCGUGCUCGUCGAGUAUCUGCACUGCUUCAACUACGUCGAUGUCCCUAUCGACAUUGCCAUGCGGGACACCACCUGCAAGUUCAUGUCGUGGGACCGGCCCAUGUUCGAGUCAAAAGUGUGGGAGACGGUGCAGAAGUGUUUUGGUGCCGAGUACGCGCGGCAGAACCCGAACUUCAUCACCGCCGACGACGCCGACACCAUGGCCGGUGUGCUGCUCUUCCUUCACUCCAACCUGCACAACCAAAUCGUCAAGAACAACCGCAUGCCCGUCAGCCAGUUCGUGCGCGACGCCAACGAUUGCCUCUCCUUCCCAAUGGUGGACGAUGACCUGCAGGCGAUGUACAACCGCGUGCUGGGUCGCAAGUGGGAGCUGGACAUCUACGGCCGCACCCCGCAGCAGGCGGAGCGGGAGCGUACGCUGGUGCGACUGUCGGCGAAGAUCCACAUGGGUCACGCAGCGAAGUGGCGCCGACAGUGCGGAAACGUCAGCAGCAACAACAUCAGUAAUAAUAAUAAUCUCAUCACCAACAGCGAUGUGCACGGACACCCGCAUGCACCCUCGACGACCGCCGACGUCGCACCGCCGCCUUCUCUGCAGCGAGUGUCCUCACAAGCGAGCAAAGACCCCGCCGUGACGGACGCGGACGCCGCCGUCUUAGACGAGGUACUGCAGGGCACGGAGACGGAUUCCGUCUCCUGUCACAGCUCUUUCGCCGCCAACCACAGCCCGGCUUCGAUUGCCGCGUCCGUGCCUGCGGCGCAGAACCCGAACUCGUCGAUGGACGCGGCUUCCUUCCAGAUGUGGAUGAGCAACGAUGUCGCGCUGCUCGACAACACCAUCCCGUCGUACACCGACAGCAAAGACACGCUGAAGUUCAAGGACGAGCAGCACCACGCAUUUCUUGACGUGUCGGUCAUCUACCUGAGCAAGUUGGAGUCUGUGCACCGCCUCUACUGCAUCGAGGGUGAAGCCUAUCGCCCGCAGCCGUACAUUGUGCCCUACUACGCGGAGCACGUGCGGCAGAUCCUCUUGAUGACGUACCCGCAUGUGAUGUCCUGUGUGUACAUGGGCUUCCGCGUUCUCGAGGAAGCCCCCAUUGCAAGGAACAUGCUGGACACAAUCCAGGUGACGUACGACAUUGCCGCAGCUUUUGUGCUCAACUUGCGUGACCUACGCCCGGUGAUGGAGGAAGCGUUUCAGCGGUACCUUGACGACGAGCGAGCGUACAAGCUGCUGCCUCCGUCGCGCGCCACGUUUGUUCCUCUCAUGUUGAACACGCUAUAG